GUCAGUGUGCAUGCACAGAUACACACACACACACACACGCACAGAGAGACACGCACGGCUUUGUGCACAGCAACAUGAUUGUGUAGACGUGUUCUGCUGACUUUUCCAGAAGAAGGAUACUAUUAUUUGUUGUUUUUUUCUUCUUGUUCUUAAAAAAAAAAAUUAAAAACUGAAUAUCUGACUUGAGGACUAAUGAAAUAUCUGUUCAUCCUCUGGAGUGUAAAAUGAUGCUCAGGACGGACUACCACCAAACCAUCCAAACCAUGACCAUGAGCGUUGUGUCGCUGCUGCUAGUGCUGGCAACAUUACCAGCUUCAUCAUAAUCAUCAUCAUCAUCAUCAUCAUCAUCAAUAUGAAGCAGUCUUUUCCUGCUCCACCAUUUUCAUCUCAUCACCAAUGCUGGAUUUCAACCACACUAUCUUCUUUUUGCCAUUUAUUUGGGCAGGGCUUCUGAGCUGGCCUUCAUUAAAGAGCCCCAUGAUGUCAUUGCUGUAAGGGACCGUCCCUUGAUGCUGGACUGUGAGGUGGAGGGAGAGGGCCCUAUUACUAUUACCUGGAGGAGGAAUGGUGUACCUAUUCAAGUGGGCCCCAGAGUGGCCGUGUUAAGCAAUGGCAUGCUCCUGAUCCGAAACUUCCAGAAACGGCGCGAGAUCAACGAGACGGAUGCGGGAGAAUAUGACUGUGCUGCACAGAACCGCUAUGGCAUGCUGAUCAGCCGUAAGGCACGAGUUCAGUUUGCAUCUCUUCCCAAGUUUCACACCCACCCAGAGUCCAUGGCUGUGGAUGAAGGAGGGGUGGCACGCUUCCACUGCGCCAUUAAUGGGAUCCCUGAGGCUAGCAUCACGUGGGAGAGGAACAGAACCACACUCAACACAGAUGAUGACAGGUAUACUCUCCUUCCCAACGGCAUACUGCAGGUUACUGGUGUGCGUCAUGCUGACAGUGGAAUGUAUCGCUGUGUAGCCAAAAACAUUGCUAACACACGUUACAGUCACGAGGCCCUGCUCACUGUCACUGUGGCAACUCCUCGUACCUAUAAGGAGCCAGUGAUUCUCUCAGGUCCUCAAAAUCUCACCAUCAACGUCCACCAGACUGCCAUCUUAGAGUGCAUUGCCACAGGCAACCCCCGACCAAUUGUGUCCUGGAGCAGGCUGGAUGGACGUUCUAUUGGAGUGGAGGGGAUCCAAGUGUUGGGCACGGGUAAUCUUAUGAUCUCUGACGUUUCCCUACAGCACUCUGGAGUAUACGUGUGCUCAGCCAACAGACCUGGAAGCAGGAUGAGACGUACCGCACUGGGCCGACUGGUGGUGCAAGCUCCACCCGAGUUCCUGCAGUGGCCGCAAUCUGUGUCUAAACCAUUAGGGGGCAGCGCAGUGUUUACCUGCCAGGCUCAGGGAGUCCCAGAGCCUCACCUGAUCUGGUUGAAAAAUGGCAAGAUCCUCACUCCUGGAGACAACGUCAAACUUACCAACAACAACAGCACUCUGGCUGUGACCCGGAUCACUGCUGAGGAUGAGGCCAUCUAUCAGUGCAUAGCAGAGAACAGCGCUGGCACCAACCAGGCCAGUGCACGCUUAGCUGUGUCUCAAUCUCCUGAGAAUCCACUUCCUGAGGCUCCGCAGGACCUGACGGCCACACCACUUACACACACAUCCCUGCAGCUCAGCUGGAACCAGCCUGAAAGCCACGUGAGCGACAACAUCAUCGGCUACGUGCUGCACAUCCGCAUGCUUGGAGAGCCAGACAGUAAAGAACUCCAGGAGGCUGUGAGUAAGGACACAUUCCAGCAUGAGUUUAAUAAUCUGGAACCAGCAACCACUUAUUCCAUUUACCUCAAAGCUUACUCUCCUCUGGGGGCCAGCCAGAAGUCCAACACUGUCAUUGCCACAACACUAGGGGGCGUUCCCACCAUGCCCAAUUUCUUCACUAAAGUUCUGAACAGCACUGCAAUGCAGAUUUAUUGGGAACUGCCCAGUAAACCAGGGAAGCUGGAGGGCUUUAAACUGUCACACCGUGUCGUGCCUCAGGAGCAGUUUGGUCCAGAGGAGCUCUUCCCCAGCCACAUCAACACACACACCAUCUCACACCUCGAGCCAGCAGCUGUGUAUGAGAUCCAGCUGGUAGCGUUUAAUGGGAACGGAGACAGCAUCGGCAAUAAGCGCCUCGUCUCGCUGGCUGAGAGUGGAACAGGAGACAAGAACAGUGUUGGAGGGCAAAGCAUGUGUAACUGCAGGCAGGAUGGAGAGAGCUCUGUAACCGGAAUAGUGGUUGGCAUCCACAUUGGAAUGGCCUGCAUCAUCUUCUGUGUGCUCUUCCUCAUGUUCGCAUACCGCCGCAGUUCAUUUUGUAGAAAGGGCACCCAGGAUGACUGGACAAUAUCACAGAGAGGAGCAGGACAAAUGGGAGACACAGUACCUAAAGAGGGAGCGAUACGCACCACUGAGGCUAUUGAGCUAAUGCCACAGCUUCAGAGUAGUUCUGCAGAGAGCCAGGCUGCAGGGGCACACUGCCAGGUUCUCAUUGAGCAGCAACCCAACUGCCAACAAGGCACAACCAUGAGCACAGGCACUGGCACAGGCUGAUAACCCCUUACACACUCUCCUCUACCCCUCACCCCCCAAAGUGCAGUGCUUGGCCACUCCAUGUCACACUAUUCACCAAAGCCUUAUUCCAACCUGCCCUUCCUUGAGCAUUCAGUAACACACACACACACACGCAGUCUGGCUUAUGACUGUAAGGGAGUAAAUGUAUAUGUAUAUGUAGAGUCCUAUAACCUUAACCUAUUCUACAAGACACACUACUUUCUGUUCUUAACCCAACUCUGGUCUUAACCCAAAGCCCUUUUUCACCACAAUUUUAGUAAUAAUUCUGAUUUAAUGUCCUCAUUACAAGACUUUUAGUUUCCAUGAUUCUAAUUAUACAGAUAAGAAAGGGCAGUUGCUGAUUAUGUUGGUUCUCCCUUUUCUUUGCACGAGAAUUUCUGAAGUCGGACCAAAAUAAAUGUGUCUAAUGCUGUAGUAGAAAACUGCCAAACUGAAAUUCUGAGGCCUUAGCAUGACUGAACAGAUGCUGUAGAUUCCUAUUUUAUGUGAUGUUUAUAAGUACAUAGCAUAAUUCUUCUCCUAGUAGAAUUGUUAUUGUCAGUUAAUUUCAGCUGUGAGUGAGAUUCCCCACUGUAGCCUUAUAUAUGUGAUAGUGUCACCACGUUAACCUGCCAGAAGAGUGGAAUGGAGUGGCUAACGCUGCACCCUCUGUCCUUCUCUCCCUUCCUCCCCUCGCACCAAAUUACCUCCAAAGAUAGCUACCUCAGCCUGACAAGUAAGUCGGAGCUAUCAAGGUAAACCAUCUGCCUGCCUUGCUGCUGGUUAAGCAUACCUACCUCGACCAAAAGCCCUGUGCACAUUGGAGCCCAUCUUUUUUAGUCUUUCGGGUGCUAGUGCCAGUGUCCUGUGCCAUUCAGACAACAACGUUCAUAUUUUUGCCUUCAGCCAGCGCCUUCCACUGUGUUCCCUGUGUCUCAGACUCCAAUACUGCCACACCCAAACCUUUCUACAAUGCUAAAGCAUUCACUCUGAGCCUUAGGAUGACUCACUGACCUCUGGGGCUUUUCCUGGAUGUGUUGUUAACAGAGAUGCUGCCCCUAAGGUACAAAAGUUCUCUCCUCUCCAGACAGAGUGAAUGGGAGAGUGCUUGCUAAUGAUGUAUGUGACCUCUGUGUUGAUGUUGUGAGAGCCAUUGCAGAGAACUGACCAGUGCAGAGGAGCACAUUCUGCUUUUGGAAUACAACAUACAGUUCAAUACAAGCCUAAAAGUAACACUGGUAGGAAGGAAUGGACUUAGAGAGCACUAUUUCCUCAGCCUGCUGUGGUUGACGGAGGUGUUCUAGCACCUUCCUAUCAGCACCACUAACAAGAGGAAGGCUAUCUGAGAACCAGUGGUUGUCCUGGAGAUCUGUUACUGUUUUUAAGUACUUACUAACUAUUUUCCAGGUUUCUUUGGUGACCCUUUUUUCAUGAAAGUAUUUGCUGUCACAAAGCUAGGCACAAACCUAGUUUCUGUCUUUUCUGCUUUUAACCUCUCCAAAUACUCAGUGAAAACCAAGUUGAGUUAUAUCCAAAGAUGCUGUAUUGUAAUGGUUUUCAUUGCUUUCUAAAAUCUAUUUGUCUUUUACUUCAGUGGACGUUUUAGAUGUCACAUUUGUUCCUUUUUUAAGGGCAGCCACGAUACUAAAAACAUUAGAAUAUCAGCUUCCCAUUAACCAAAGCAAAAAAAAAAAACAAAACCCUCAAACCCAAUAGAGUUCCUCACAUUUUAGUUCAAGUCUUUCUAUGGUUACCUUUAAGACAUGGAAUUCGAUAGAGAACUAGCAUAUAUAACUUUUAAAAUAAAAUAAUAACUAGUGAGUAAUACAUAUAUUUUCAUACACUGAUACCAGAAAGUAAUAACUGUUUUUCUCUUUUUACUGAUGGAGUUGAUAUUGCCAAAUAACUCUUAUGAUUUAUAGUGAAAUGUGACCAAAUACCUCAUAUGUACUUUACCUGUCGUAUUAAUUCCUCUCUUAGACUAAGGCACAUGACAUGUUCAGUGCUUUUUUAUACUGACAUAUAUAUAUGUGUGUUUUUUAUACUGACAUAUAUAUAUGUGUGUGUGUGUGUGUGUGUGUGUGUGUGUGUGUGUGUGUGUGUGAGAGAGAGUGCUAAAUUGCUGACAGUUUACAGCCUUGAAUGCAGUGGGAUAAAUUGUAAAACGAGAAAACAAGACAUGUGAAGUAGUUUUUAAAGAUGUAUUUAUUAUUAAUAAAUGAAAUUAGUCAGUACAUACAGUACACCAGGUCUGAUUACACUGCAUAAGGAAAAGUACAGCUAUUUUAAAGGUUGUGAAUGAACUGUCAGGGUUUCACACGUGAAAGUUGUCUUUAAUAUAGAAAAUACGAUCUCACAGUUUUAUAUCGGGAGAGUGUGUUGUUUAUGAGAGCAACAAGUAUGAUGCCAAAAUAUGUAAAUGUAAAGAAAAACAAAACCCAAUGUCCAGAAAAAAAGAAGUGAAACAAAAAAGAAUAUUUUUACCUGUUCUCUAGAGAACUUUUUUUUUUCUUUUUUUGUGUUUCCUCUUAAUUGUUUCCUUCUGUUAUAAAUGGAAAACAUUGCCAAAAAUUGACAUUUUGAUAAGUUCCUAAAGACUGGUUAUUGUAAUUAAUAAUAAUAGUGUAAUUUGAUUUCUUGUCAUAUUCAAAUUUGAUUUUCAGUUAUUUUUUUCUUUCUCAGUCGAAUGGAAGAAGAAUGUUAGAAAUUUGAGAAUUUGAAACAGAAUUGCAUGUUGAUGGCAAGCAGAUCAUGACUUAAUGUUUUUAUUGCUUCAUUCUCUGUUCAUCGUAGUUAUUUAUUCACAAUGUUCAUAAUAUGUUUCUUCAGAAUAUGUUUAUUAGUUGGGCUUUUGCCAUAUUUUAAUAAGCCAUAUACGAAUUAGUUUAAUGCAUAAUUUAAGUUAACCUUAUUAAUCUAUUCCAUUCAUUGAUUUCAGGAUCACAACAUGCAGUACCUCAGAUUUAUCUUAAUUUGUAUAUUAAUUUGGCUUGUCAGUACUGCAACAUUUGCUGCUACAUGUCACAUCUCCCAGUGUUAAUAACUUCACUAGGGACAUUACUAGAAUAAGUUCAUGUGCUCUUGCCUGCCCAACAUGUGUGUUAAUUAGAACAAGUGAUAAAAUGAGUAGAGAAGUAGUGAAUGCCUGAUGCUUGUACCAAUGAGAAAGCAAUGCUUUAAUGUUUGUAUUUUCUGUUUCGUUUAUACCAUACUUGUGUAUUUCAGAACCAAACUCGCCAUAGCUUUAAAUUGCUGUUGAGCUGGUGCAGCUCCAUACUGUGGAGUCAUUUAGCCUGAGACACACUGCAGCACAUAAAACAGAAGCCUUCUGCAAAACUGAGUAAAUUCUUGAAUUGCUCCUGAAAAACACUUUGCAAAUGAAACCAUCUAGUGAAUACAGAAGGACUCUGAUUGCUGAGUGUGUCUCAGUUUAAAUAAAUAUGAUUCUUUUUCUGUUUUCAUUCGGUUAUACUGAUGUCUAUGUACCAAAUAAAAGACUGCUAAGUAGA